GUUUGAUAGGUUACCCUUUUUGGCUGCUCGCGUGUCUGCCAGUUGCGGUUGCGCUGCCAUUUUACGCACGCAUGGGUAUCAAUGACUCCCACUGAUGACACACAAUGAUCGCGAGCUCGAGCGAACUGAAGCCUUUCAUGGUUUCUGGACGUGAGGGCAGAAUGUCAACCUCUGGAAUGUGCGAGUGCGUCUUCAAGUGAGCCCCCGGUUAAGUAUAGGUGGGGGCGUCAUGGUGGAGAGCCUUUUUAACCUGAAUCGCUGCUUGUGUAUGUUGGCCGAGGCGCCGCCGCAGGAUGGGAUUUUAGCGUAAACUAGCCUGCAAGGGCUGUCGAGGAUUUUAUCUAGAAAAGUCGUUGGUGUGUUCGAGGACGAGGUGUUGGCUGCGCUAGUAGUGGAUUCUAGUGACGCGGCAGGUUUUGAAGCCCAGGUGGUAGUUGUGCGCAGUGGCCAUGACUUGUUAGCUCGGUUGGUUAGGGUGGAUGUGACGAUAGUUGAUGGAUUGUUGUGGGAGCGAAGUGGAGGAGUCGGUGGAUGAGAGCCGGGAAAUCCGGCGGAAUUUUAACAGGUUUGCUACUGGGUUGUCUCUGGUGCAUGAGGUUGGGGGUGAUGAGAUUCUCGCCGACAUGCGAACAGGCACGGCUCUUGUGCUUGUACAAGUUGCGAUCGUUGCGGUGUAAAUGGAGGGAGAAGUUAAUCAGCAGGAAUUUGCAGCCUAGACCUGACAGGAUAGAAGAGUCCGAUGCGAAGGGCUGCGGAUGCCGCAUAGGUUCCGGUACUGAAUUGCGACGGAGCAGGAGUAGGUGUGGGUUUCAGUUCUGAUGGACCUCCCUCCAGGCAUUCACCUGGACAGGAGUUGUUUUGGUAGUCAGGAAUUCGUCGCUACAAUCCAGGCAUUGUAGAGAAUGAGUCUGGAAAGAGGCAUGACAAUCGCCAAUUUGGCGCUCGGCGGGCUUGCAGCAAAAGGACGCGUGAAUGCAGCCCGUAGACUGCGCAGCGGCACAGUAGUUUUCCACGACUUGCAGAAGAUACUAGUUUUUUGGAUUGUCUUCACUGUUGCAGUUGCGGUCCACGUAGAGGGUCAAAAUAUUGAAUUCACUGUGAAGCCCGACGCCUAUUCUUCGAAUAUUAACCCGACGUUCGGGUUCAUCGUUGCGGCGGGAACCAAUGGGGUCAACCCAUGCGGCACGAAUGGGAAUCAGUGCUCCUUUCAAUGCAAGCUGGACCAAAGUGUAUUCCAAGAUUGCUCAGGGGGAACGUAUUCCUCUUUCAACCUCACAGAUGGCUCUCACAUGUUCACCGUCGCGGCAAACACAUCUACUGGAACGCCAUUGCCACAGAGCAUGUAUUCAUGGAAUAUAGAUACCGUGCCACCCACAGCUUCGGUUGUCUCGGAUGCGUUGUACACAAAUGCGGUCAACAUCACUGUCAAUGUCACUUUCACCGAGGUUUGCAGCGGAGGACGCACCUUCCAAUGUUCAAGUGUUGACACUUGUGAUCUGGUAGUACGCGGAUCCGGGGCCGUUUUGCCAUCGACGCUCAGAGUCGUGACACCAGGGCUGGCUUAUUCGUUGCAAGUUGGACUGUCUACUUUAGUUCCCUCUGGGAGGGUAUCUCUUACCACAAGCAGACAGAUAUGCACUGACGGAGCAGGCAACCCCUAUCAACGAAGCGCGAACUCCACCAUUGUCGUCCGUUUCAGUCGUAUAAACCCCACUGUUAAUCUCUGGACUCCCUUAACGAAUUUCCAAGUUGCGAUUGGUGAUCAAUUGCGAACGGUUCAGUCGACAAACUCCACCAGUGAUCUACCGAUUUAUCUAGACUUUAGUGAGCCGAUUCAAGGCUCCAGCGCUGAACUCCAGAAACAGCUCACAUACAGCUAUGGUGUUCUUCUUCCUGCUAGCAGAAGAAGUCGAGGCAAUCGUCGGUUCGCGUUCACGCUAUCAUUCAAUAACACCCGGACGGCCGCUGUGACAGUAACACUACCAGGAAACACAACAGAGAGUAGAUAUGGCAAUCCAGUGCAAGAAACAGCAAGGGUAUACUUUCUACUUGACACUGAGAGGCCUCAAGUUCAGCUGAGCACAACUGCGCGUGCACAUACACACGAUCGUCUUGUGCCCGUUGUUAUACAGUUCACGAACCCUGUGUUUACAUUUAAUAGCUCCGGUGUUACCAUUGCUGGCGGAAUAUUGCGAAGUUUCAGAGAGGUUACUAAGACUACUUACGCUCUUGUGGUCUACGCGUCGGAGGGUGCCACCAGUAAAAUAUCCGUGGCUGAAAAUCGAACCGUAGACAUAGCUGGAAAUCCUAAUGUUGCUUCUUCAACGCUGCAAAUCAUGCACUAUUAUUCGACGCCGGCCGUCUCGAUUGCCUUGUACUCAUUCAUCACAGCAGGUUUAUUAGGCACUGCGUUUUUCUCUGGUGCCCUUGCCAUCUCUUCCGCUAAUCUGGCUGCUGCAGGCGCAACUUUCGGUCGACCAGUUAGUUGUGUGGGCGCAGACGCAUCCCGAAAUCUUUUGGGAAUGGCAGGUCACGUGCAAGUCCUCGCUCUUUCGAGUUUCCUUGCAGUGAGCUUGCCAAUUGAGUAUGCCGAGACUGCUAACGGCUUGCAGUGGAUAAUUCCACACGUGAAAACUCCCUGGCAAAAGGAUGACAACUUCACAGCAGGCUUUGCGUCUAAUGUGCAUACGAAUCUCUCACUUACCAUUCGUCGAAGCUUGCUUUCGGUGUCUCACGUACCCCCAGACGUAGGCGAAUUCCAGCUACAAGCUCUUCAUUCGGCGUGCAUGAUGAUGCAACAAUGGCCCACUCAAUAUGGUAAUCUGAACUGCUCUCUCUACAGUGAUCGUCUGGCAACAACACACUGGUCUGACGAUUACUUGGAAGAAACUCUUCCCCACAAACAAGAAUUUCAUACAUCUCACUUUCACGACAGAAGGCGUUUGGGUGCGAAUGGAACAGAAUUUGGACCAGCUAUGACUGCAGAAGAAUACAACUCAUACUUUCUCGAUCAGACUUCUACUUUAAGUAGUUUAAGGGCCGACUUGCUUACAUCGGAAUAUACUGGGUGGGACGAUUUUCUUCGUAACAUUUUCUGGCUAGCAGUUAUAUGCGGCAGUUUGAUUCUUCUGCAUAUUCUUUUACUGUUGUUCCUGCGCUGGAGAACAAAGACUCCUCUUCAUGGAGCCCUAAGCUUCCCUCGCUUCGAGCUUUUUCUUCUCGUUUUGGCAUUGCCGGCGAUCGCACAAGCUUGUGCCUUCAUCAUAAGUGGGGGCACAAAAGCAGGCAUCGCCGUGGGGGUAAUACUUUUGAUCAUUCCCGCACUAAUUCUUAUUAUGACCACUGUGCUUCUUAUCGUCGGCAUAUUUUUGGGUAAAAAAGUCCAGUAUAAGGAGCUGAGACCACAUUUGCAACAAGACGGAAAGCUUCCUCCCCCACCGACUGGGAAACCGUUGUCGUUUGUGACGGGGUCAGGUUAUCCAGGCAAGUGGGCGAGAAAGGAAAAUACGAGUCCUGCUUUCAUUCCACGGUUCGGCAUCUUGUUUGAGGAUCGUAAGGGUCCGCCAAGGCUUGUCUCGAUGAUUGAAGACCCAAAUCAGCGCAACGAGACAGGUCGUAGCGGGUUCCGACGCUCCGCGACAAUGAAUUCCGAUGAUGAGCAUGAUGAACGGGUUGUGUCACGCUCGUACACAUUGUUAGGGGGUUUUCAAACCGCGUACGUUUUGGUGGAUAUGUUGAGGCGCAUUCUCCUAGGAGUGUUCUUCGGUGCAUUUCGAAUAUCAGACGAGUCCUGGACGCAGGUAUCAUUGGUACUCGCAAUUACCACGGUGCAGUUCUUGUAUCUCGUAAUCACGAAGCCCUUCCAGCGGCGAUUUGUACAGUUUGUUGAGACCGUGUCCCUCAUGUGCGAGAUCGGCAUCUUCGUUGCGGCCAUGGUAAUCUUAGGACUCAAUCGACCAUACGAUCCUCAUUACGGUAUCGGAAUUUUCAUGCUUGUGCUGUUCGUGCUGAGCUUCGUGGUACAAAUCGCGAACGAGUGGUUUGCCCUUAUCCGUCAACUCCUUGCUCUUUCCAACAGUGAAGAAAUAUCGCCGAAGCAAGGCCUCCAAGCUUUUGCUGCUGGCCUCAUGCUGCCUUUGCUUCCAAGGCGUCUAUGGCCGCAAGUGAACACGGAAAGUGCGCACACGACCCCGGCACCUCCGAAGCCAACUCCCGCCCCAAGGACUCUCGACGUUGAUUCAAGGCCGAGUUCGUCAUUUGGUCAGUUUUACACCAGUCCAGUGUCUUCUCCAAGACCCGAUAAUGGAAUCGUCACGCAGGGUUCGAGACCAUCAGUUCUAAGUGGAGUGACCAAGUCUGCCAAGCCGGUGAUGAACACUACAGACUACUGGCCCGGAGAGGAUCUACAAGAAUGGGCACGGCAGAAUUCACUGGAAAGGAGGAGGCAAGAAACACAGCUCGUAGCAAAUCCGAUGGUUCAAGAAAUCCAGCAGGCAGACCGAGUUUUCUUAAAGUAUUCUUCGGGAGCUGCAACUGACACCGUUGUAAGUAGAUCGCGGCAUCGUCGUAGCCCGCGAGUGCACAGCGACUCCCUUUCCGAAGAUCUAUCCGACGUUGACAUCAGCAUGGGGUCACAAGAGUUCGCGCAUGCCAUUGAAGUUGGGCCUGCGCCUUAAUCUUCGCUACCUCGUCAACAUUCAACAGUCCUUCUCCAGUUCUAUGUUUUUGUUAACUGUGUUUUCAACACAAUCGGCCUCGAUCAGACAUUAAGCAAAGCCAUGGCCUAGACAUCUUUGCCCAGCUGUGUGACGAUUCAGGAGUCGAUAACUUCGCAGUGAUCGUAAUCUUUUUCAUUUCGCUCCACCAUAGAUUCGUCACAGGAAGUUGUUAAAAUUUACCUCUUCGUGUAACAUGUGGUUUCCAGUUCGAUGUAGAUUGAUUAACAUGAACAUGAUUUCGAUCUUCGGCAUGCGACCACUUGGUAAUUGUUUGAGUCCAUGGAAAGUCAUCAAUUUCAUAGACUCAACCAGUCAACAAGUUCUCGCCAUUGUAACAUGUACAACAUUUUCUGUAGAGUUGGUGCAAACCCUUUGUAGUUCUGUAGUGUUAGAGAAAAGCCUAAGUCGGUUGGCUUUUACGGCAAUUCUUGAAAUUGCGUUCUCGAAUUGUACAAUAAAAUUGGUAGCGUUCAUUCAUCUCAUCAUCUCGAGAUUUUGUUACGCCUGCUACGAACUUGUUACCGCUU